AUGAAGGUGCGCGGGGCCGGGCCCGGGGCAGCGGCCGGGGGGGCGCGGAGGGGCGCGGGGCCGGGGCGAGCGCGGCCGGAGCCGGGAAGCGGCGCCGCCGCCGCCCCCCCGCAGCCCCCCGGGGGUCCCGGUGCGGACGGAGCCCGGCUCUCGGGGCUGCUCAGGAAGAUGCACUUGUUCCGGAGCUCCAGCUACGAGGUGCGGCUGGAGGGGGCCGGGGGGAGCCUGCCCCGCAUCCAGGGAAUCCGCUGGACCCCUCUCCUGGACUCGGAAUCCAGCCUGGACUGCGGCCACAGCAUCACCCAGGCAUCCCCGGAGAGGAUCCGGCGCGCUGGCAAACUCCUCUUGGCCCACCUCAGCAGCUCCCGGCCCGGCCUCAUCCGCGACCACAAGCACCACCUGCGGCACCACCGGCGCUGCUGCUCGGGGAAGGACUUGGUGGACUGGCUGCUGGGCGCCGGCGCGGCCGUGCAGACGCGCGGCCAGGCCGUGGGCAUCGGGCAGGUGCUGCUGGACGGGGGGGUCCUGACGCACGUGAGGCAGGAGUGGCACUUCCAGGACAAGGAGACGCAGUUUUAUCGCUUCGCCGAGCUGGAGCUGAGCCCCGAGCCCGGCGCGGGGCCGCGGGACCCCGAGGAGCUGCUGGAGGCUUUGGGGUUCCUGGCCCAGCUGGGCCCCGACGCUCUGCUCUCCAUGGCCCUGCGCAAGCCGCCUGCCCAGCGCACGCAGGACGAGCUGGAGCUGAUCUUUGAGGAGCUGCUUCACAUCAAAGCCGUGGCUCAUCUCUCCAACUCGGUGAAGCGGGAGCUGGCGGCCGUGCUGAUGUUCGAGGGGCACCAGCGUGCGGGCACCGUCCUGUUCAGCCAAGGUGACAAAGGCACCUCCUGGUACAUCAUCUGGAAGGGCUCGGUCAACGUGGUGACCCACGGCAAGGGCUUGGUGGCCACCCUGCACGAGGGGGACGACUUCGGGCAGCUGGCGCUGGUGAACGACGCCCCGCGGGCGGCCACCAUCCUCCUGCGCGAGGACAAUUGUCACUUCCUGCGCGUGGACAAGCAGGACUUCAACCGCAUCCUCAAGGACGUGGAGGCCAACACGGUGCGGCUGAAGGAGCACGGCAAGGUGGUGCUGGUGCUGCAGAAGGACCUGCAGGGGGGCAGCGGCCAGGCGGCCUCGGCGCGGAGCAGCAGCAGGUACCUGGUGAUGGCCGGGACGCCCGAGAAGAUCCUGGAGCACCUGCUGGAGUUCAUGAGGCUCGAUGCCACCCUCUACGACCCCGUGGACACGCUGCUCGGGGAUUUCCUGCUCACCUACACCGUGUUCAUGCCGACCUCGCAGCUCUGCCGGGCCCUGCUGCACCAUUUCCGCGCGGAGCCGCUGGAGGGCUCGGAGCAGGACAAGGCCGCCUAUUCCCUGCGGAAGCGGCGGAAAAUCCUGCGGCUCGUCAGCCAGUGGGUGCUGCUCUACGGGCGGCUGCUGCAGGGUGACCGCAGCACCACGGCGCUGCUGCAGAACCUGGCGGACCUGGCGAGCCGGGACCCCCAGCUGGGCGGGCUGGGCCAGGAGCAGGGCCAGGAGCGGCGGCGACCCCGGCCGCUGGAGAACGGAGACGGCAGCGUGUCCCCCCAGCCCAAGGCCCGGAGCUCGGGGAUGUGGCUCGGGAGCCCCGAGGAGGCGAUCCCGGACAGCGGCUGCGCCCUGAGAGCCCAGGACAAAGUGCCCUACGAGAUCUUCAGGGCCGACCACUCGUGCGUGGCGCCGGUGCUGCCCGUGAACGCCGCGGUGCGGGACGUGCUGCGGGCCCUGGCGCCGCGGCUGCGCCGGGACCGGGAGCACGUCCUGGUCAAGGUGAACUCGGCCGGAGAGCGAGCGGUGCUGCCGCAGGACGCCGUGGGGGUGUUCACGGCGCUGGGCCUCAACGAGAGGCUCUUCGUGGUCAGCACGGACGAGCUGGGCAGCCUGACCCCCCACCCUGAGCAGCUGGGACCCCACGCCGGCUCCUCGGACACCCUGGACCUGAUCAGCUCCAAGGAGCUGGCCAGCCACCUGACCGACUACGACUGGAACCUCUUCAAGAGCAUCCACCAGGUGGAGAUGAUUCACUACAUCGUGGGGCCGCACAAGUCCCACGAGGUCGCCACGGCCAACCUGGCGCGGGUGAUGCGGCGCUUCAACGAGCUGCAGUUCUGGGUGGCCACCGAGCUGUGCCUGUGCCCCGAGCUGGGGCGGAGGGCGCAGCUCCUGCGCAAGUUCAUCAAGCUGGCGGCGCACCUCAAGGAGCAGAAGAACCUGAAUUCCUUCUUCGCGGUGAUGUUCGGUGUGAGCAACACGGCCGUGACUCGCCUGGCCAAGACCUGGGAGAGGCUGCCCCACAAGAUUCGGAAGCUGCACUCGGCCCUGGAGAGGAUGCUGGACCCCUCGUGGAACCACCGUGUCUAUCGCCUGGCCGUGGCCAAGCUGAGCCCCCCCAUCAUCCCCUUUGUGCCCCUGCUGCUCAAAGACAUGACCUUCAUCCACGAGGGCAACCGCACCCUGGCCGAGAACCUCAUCAACUUUGAGAAGAUGCACAUGAUGGCCAAGACCGUGCGAGUCCUGCAGCGCUGCCGGGGCCACGCGCACGCACCUCUGUCCCCACUGCGGAGCCGCUCCCCGCACCGGCCCGAGGACGCCAAGGCCGUCAGGAUCUCCACGUGCUCGGAGCAGUCGCUGAGCGCGCGGAGCCCCGUGUCCACCUGGGCCUACCUGCAGCACCUGAGGGCCAUCGACAGCCAGAAGGAGCUGCUGAGGCUCUCCCGGGAGCUGGAGCCCUGAGGGAGCGGGGCUGGAGCGGGGAUGGGGGCCCCAGGAGAGGAUGGAGGA